UUUCAACGAGGAGGGGAGAAAGGAGGGUAAGCUGGAGAACCAUGCCACAGAAGCACGCGAAGAACAACUGCGCCUCCAAGUGCUUUAACCACUGGGAGAGAAAUGAGGCAGCCUCCGAUGGCCAUUACGGGACGAGGAAGGUGAGACUGGGCGGAGACUCCCAGCAGACGUUCGGACACUGCUCUCUGUGCAUCCACCCGGCUGUGGAGCCCAUGGCCACACCGUCCGGUCACGUGUAUUGCAAGGAGUGCAUCGUCGAGUUCCUGCUAACCAAGACACAGGAGUUGAAGCGUCAGAGGGAGGCGUUCGAAGCGCAACAGAAAGACCAAGCUACGGACGAGGUGUCGGCGGACGCGAGUCGAAGAGUGGAAGCCACGAACGACUUCGUUUCGGCCCAGCAGCAGCUCGUCGUCACAAAGCCUCAAGCCCCGAAAUCGUCAGACUCUGGGAAGUCUGAGGGCAAAGGCAAGAAGCGCGGUAGGGAGGAGCAGACCGGGGCGGGGGGGGAUUUGUCAGCACCGGCAGGGAAAGAGGGGAAAGGGGACCAUGUCAUUGAGAAGGAACUGAGUCAGAUUGCGGUUCUCAAGAGCAAGAAGGAGCGGCAGGACCAGCUCAGAAUGACCAGCUGGUGGCUGCCGCAGUUUCAGCCGGAGGGUGUCAAGGAAGCUAUCGUGCAGCCUCCCAAGCGCCCGGGAAGCCCAAUGUCUGGGGAGCCCCUGCGGCCCAAGGACUUGAUCCCUGUGAUAUUCACCUUAGACAGCGAGAAGGAAAAGACGGCGCACAUCUCUGGAGGGGACGGUAACCGAGGCAGCAUCAUCUGCCCUGUCACGCGGAAGGGUAUCAUUUCUCAGAAGGCGGUGCUCAUCAAGAGGACUGGCCACGUGAUGCUGGAGGAUGCUGCCAAACAGUUCGCCUUGCCGACGAUGACCUGCCCGGUCACAGGAGAGAAGUUCAAAACGAAAGAUCUCAUCCCGCUCGUGAACGGGGGAACGUCGUUCACGGCCAGCGGCCAGGUCGAAGUCACCAAGUACGCACCCGCACUCCGCUAGCGGCCUUAUGUAGUCCGCGGUGCUGCGUACAAGUACCCUAUUCUACAGUGUUGCAAGUACACUACUAUAGUAUACUAUACUGAACUGUAUGUGUACCGGUAGGUCUCUUGGGCGGUAUCGGCCAUCAAGGGCUGGCUUUGGUGAGGGCGCGCAAGUCCGAGAGAGAGGUCACCGAGUUUGCCAACGGUCGUGUGCAUAGGCUCGUGUUAGCUUAUUCAUCUCACGCUGUCUCGCGCUCCCUUUGUGGAAUGCUGACGAUGAGUUGUCGAGAACGUCUUGGUUUUUGAGUCGUGAGGGGGGGGGUGUACU